UAUUUAGCAGACCAGGGACAAAUUUGAAAUUUCUGAUCACAUCUCACACUGAAAUGUAGAUUCUGACUGCACUCAGAUUUGCUUUGGGUUGGCUGAAGCACAUUCUCCAAUGUCACUGCCAAAGAAGCUACAAGUGGGUUUUCUGCUGUUGGGUGUGUGACUUAAAACUUUCUCCUGUUAUGUGAGCGGCUUCAAGCCCUACUUUUGGAGUUACAUGCAACCUGUGGAAGUUGGUUGCUUGAACAAUUGUAGGCAAAAAUCUGCUCUGAAGCUUCAAACAUUGUUUGGCCUCUGGCCUGUCUCAGUAACCAGGCACAUGUGGGUGAAAGUGUUAUCUAGAGGAUGCGUUCUGCUCUUUUACUUCCCAUUUAAAGUGCACUGUCAUGGUGAAGCCUGAUUGCCUGCUCUGUUCCUAGUAAGUUCCUUUAAAAAGCAGAUAAGUUUCUAAGGUACAGCUCAAAAUUUCUUUUUCUUGCUUGUAUGAGUUUAGGAACUUGCAAGACAGUAAAAGAGCUAAUGUUUCUGGCACUUCAACAAGGAUGUUGGUGUUUCAUUUGUCAGUGAUGAUCAAGCUUUUCUUCCAGUUGGAUGCAGCUAUUUGUCCUGAGAAGUGUGACUGCUCUUCAAAAAAUGCAAUUCAUUGCUCUGGCCCCCACAUAAAAGACCUGGAAUUGUUAAAUCUGCCUUGCAACAUGACAGAAAUUCACAUAACAAAUGCUAACAUAUCGUAUUUGCAGGAUGUUUUUGCUAGGAUGAUGGAACUGCAGCAUCUCAUCCUGUCUUCAAACAACAUUGCUCUGGUUUCACCAAUGGCUUUUAAAGGCUUGGGAAGGCUCACAGUCCUCAAACUGCUAAAUAAUAAACUGGUUGAACUUCCCCCAGAAGUAUUUGAUGACAUGGUACAGCUUCAGCAAUUGAUCAUUGAAAGUAACAGGCUGAAGUCUAUCGAGGAGAAUCUGUUUGACAAACUGGUUAGUUUGCAGGAGCUUUACUUGAACAAAAACCAACUAACAGCACUUCCCGGUGGCGUGAUGAAGAAACUCGCCAAACUCAGAGUACUGAACUUGUCAAGAAAUUACUUAGCAGCACUGCCUAGAAAUAUAUUUAGUGCAUUAGCCAGGCUUGAGAGGCUGAUGCUGUAUAUUAAUAGGCUGUCUUCCAUAGAGUCAGGUAUGUUUGAUAGCCUGAAGGAGCUGCAGGAGCUUUUCCUGCAUUCCAAUAAUAUCCAUUCCAUUGCCCCUGAUGUGUUUCAUUGUCUUCGUAAACUAAGAACGCUGACACUCUCCAGAAACAGGCUUCAGGUUUUGCCUUCUGGGCUUUUUUUGCACUUGCAUGACCUGUCUAAACUGACCUUGUACAGGAACCCACUGAAGUCUCUUCCAGAAGUACUGUUUGGAGAGAUGAGACAUCUUGGUAGCCUAUGGCUGUAUCACACAAAGCUCUCAACAAUACCAGAUUUUGUGUUCAGUAACUUGACAAAUUUAGAGCUUCUUGUGCUGAGUUUUAACCCAGAGCUUACGGUUCUUCCUAGGAAUGUAUUCAGUGGCCUGAAUGAACUGCGGGGCCUUUCUCUCCAUACAAGUAAUAUUUCCAGUUUGCCAGAGGGAAUCUUUCUGAGCCUUCAGAAACUGCAGAACAUUUCCCUCUUUGAUACAAGGCUUGAGGUUCUUCCUAGAAACCUCUUUCAUAAUCUCAAGCACCUCCAGAAAGUUUACCUGAAUAGUAGUAACCUGCAGUCUCUUCCUGCAGACCUCUUUACUGCUUUACCUGAGCUGGAAGAAGUUGUCCUUGACGAUAACCCUUGGAAAUGCGAUUGCCAAAUUCUCGGUUUCCGAGAAUGGCUCCAAAAGAGCACAGCAAUAGUUAAAAAUGUGCAAUCUCUGAUGUGCCACAGCCCAAUGGCACUGCAGAAUGUUUCUCUUGUGUCUCUAAGCAUCGAUGACCCAGAGUGCCUGCCAACCACAGCAAUGACCUCUCAGACAUUCAGCUCAACUUAUUCCCACACUUCGCCAUCUCCUGUGACGGAGCACUUCACAUCAUCUCAGGAGACUGCUGGAACAGUGCUGUCCCACAUGGAAAUCACCAGCACACCCACGACAAUUCCUCCUGCAACUCCAGGUUUUACCUACUCCCGUGAUGAAGAUGUUGGACAACCUGGGCUACAUUUCUCAGAUGUUCCAGUCCAAACUUCUCCCAGCAUCAUAGCACGAACCAACAGUGUCAGAGGGACAGAUUUAACUACUCUUGUCUGGUGGGAUGAGUUUCCAGCCCACAGCAGUGCUAAACCCUAUUUUAAUACCAGAGUUACUUAUUGCCAGCUAUUCUUGUGUGUUCACAGUUUGAUUUUAACACUCCAGACUGUAGUCAUUGUGCUCAGUCUGUAUGUGAUGGGUAACACCAGGCAACUCUUGCUCUCCAGGAAUAUUCCUGCUCAGCCUGUAGUUCUGAUAAGAAUAUUAAGAAGAUAGAGAAAUCUAGACCAAGAAAGAACUGGAAUUCUUUGGAUGCUUUUUGAACAUUUGAGCAGUUAAUACUCGAUUCUGAUUUGGAUUACAGAUCUUCAUAGCAAAGACCAUAAAGACCUUGUCUUUAUAACAUAAUGGAAAUGAGCUUUAUCCACCUUGCAGCAUUUGCCAAAAGUGGCUGGAAUCACUGUAAAUUGCCACAGCACUUAGUGCAUGAACCCAGAGGGCAAGAUGGAAGUACUGUGUCACCCCUACACGUGUGCUGUGGGUUUCCUGCCUUGGAGUGCUGCCUUGUCCCCUGCCAGAGGCUGCUGCCUGCUGAGUGUUCACUGCUCAGAUGGAGUGCCAUCCAUGGAGGAACUCUUACAUAGGAACAUGGCUCUAACUGUGCUUUAGAGAUUGCCCAAAGUACUCCAAUAAUAUUAUUUCCUCUACUGCCUGCAAUCUUUUGUCUUCUUACUGAGAACACAAAUGGUGGUUUUGGGAGGAGAUGCUGGGAAGGACCUUUAAACAAAGGGGAUGGGUGCAGAAUGUGUGGUGCAAGUGUCUUAACUUUUGCUUUCUGUCCUCAGCCCCUUUCCAGGACAUGACACAAGGAAGGGGUACCAAUUAAAGCUAACAGCAGAGGAAGUUGCUGAGCUAGGAAGUAUAAUCUUGGUGUAUUUUAUUGUUUGAUUGGAGGUUCUCUGGAAACUUUGUAAAGUUCCUACAACUCUGAAUUUUGAGUAAACACUUUCAUCUUUAAACGUUGGCCAGUGUUCUGAAAAAACAAGGCGCUCCUGGCUGUGUGAUGCAGGGAAUCUUGAAACCAGAGUACCAGGCGGAUGCCCAGGACUGAGGAGGGGCUCCACAGAGAUGAAUUGGUUUGAGAGCUGACCUUGACUGAGCUGGGAGAGAAAAGAAUGGUCUCUCCUGGGCUUGGCUAGCAAAACAGCAGCAUGCAGCUGAGGGGCAGGGAGCCUGCCUGAACUGAGGGCCAAAGUGUCACCUCCAUGUUGAAGUUGGCUGUGGAACAUACACAACUUCAUCAACUUGGAGUGUUCAGUCACGUUUUCAGUCUCACUAUUUUUGACCUUAUUACAUACUGCUAUUCCCUGACUUUCAGUCCUUUCAAGUGUUGAUGUGCA